AUGAACACAUUAGCAAAAUUUACGAAUUAUGACCUCUUCAAUUUGAGUGUCAGACGUUCCAAAUCAGUGAGACUACCUUCCAAAACUGCAAGGUUAGGAGUACCAUUAAAUGAAAAGGGAAGUGAUAACCCAAAGCAGAUUAUUGGCAAUGCAGGUCAAACGGUAUAA